GUAGCCUGCGACAUCGGAUGACGCUGCGGCCGAGGAGGAGUUCCUGUUAAUCCAAACAUCGACAGCAAUUUAUCGAUAACAAAUUCGUUAUACUUCAUCAACUUAAUUAACAGUAUGGCUGCUCAGAAGAUAAACGAAGCUCAUGAGCACAUAGCUAAAGCUGAAAAAUGCUUAAAGACAAGUCUGACAAAGUGGAAGCCUGAUUUUGACAGUGCUGCAUCAGAAUACGCCAAAGCAGCUGUGUGCUUCAAGAAUGCGAAGCAGUAUGAUCAAGCAAAGGAUGCUUAUCUGAAGGAAGCUGAAUAUCACACAGAAAACAAGACGCUUUUCCAUGCUGCAAAGGCUAUUGAACAGGCGGGUAUGAUGAUGAAGGAACAAAAGAAGAUGCCAGAAGCCAUCCAGUACAUAGAGAAAGCCUGUAUGAUGUACAUGGAGAAUGGGACUCCUGACACUGCUGCCAUGGCUCUGGACCGGGCUGGAAAACUGAUAGAGCCAAUAAACCCAGAGAAAGCUGUGGACCUGUAUCAGAAGGCAGCUGGCGUGUUUGAGAAUGAGGACCGGCUGCGUCAGGCAGUUGAACUGCUGGGAAAAGCCUCCAGACUUCUGGUCAGGUUAAAAAGGUUGGAUGAAGCAACAGUCGCUGUGCAGAAAGAGAAGAACAUGUACAAAGAGAUUGAGAACUUCCCCAUGUGCUUCAAGAAAACAACUGUUCAAGUGCUGAUUCAUCUUCAUAGAGGAGACUACGUAGCCGCUGAUAAAUGUGUCAGAGAAAGUUACAGUCUGCCUGGCUACAGUGGAAGCGAAGAUUGCAUUGCCAUGGAGACUCUACUGCAGGGCUACGACGAGCAGGACGAGGACCAGGUCUACCGUGUGUGCAACUCACCUUUACUGAAGUACAUGGACAAUGAUUACGCCAAGCUGUCCAUUUCCCUGAGGGUACCUGGAGGAGGAGGAAAGAAGAAGAAGGCUGCUGCUGCUCCACAAGGUGGUGCUAGUGGGGCGCCAGCUGCCUCUGAGGAGGAGGAUGAUUAUGAGGGAGGGCUGUGUUAGCCUUCAGCCUCCAGAAUGCUGACUCUUCCCAUCUGCUGCUCCACCACUACACCCUCUGUGUAUGAGUUAAAAACCUUGACAAACCCUCUCAGCUCUGAAGCCCAGAUGUGUGGCUGUUGACCUUUUAUUGCGCAAAAAAAUAAGAAAAAAGCAAAUUUAAAAAUUUAAAAACAGUUACAGUAGGUGUUGGAGAAGAGUCGACCUGAGUUUAAGCAGCCUUUUCAUUUGUGUUUCUUCGAGGUGGAUCCUCGGUGUAAUGAAAAAUCUUCAAUGUUCAAUAAUGUAUGAAAGCCUGUUGUAUGUAAAUGUUCUAUUAUUUCUUGUCUCUGUGGAGCUGUAAACUUUGCUAUUAUUGUUUGUAGAGUCUUAAGAUUGCUAUAGGUAUAUUCAAAUCAGAAACACUCUAAAUAUAUCUAAUGGGUUGAUCAAUGUAUAGGUGUUUAUUUGUACAGAGUUAAUUUAUUCAGUAUUCAUGGCUCCGGCCUGUUGGAAAUGUUACUGGAACAAUAUGCAAUCGGUUUGUUAAUGCAUGUUUGGAAUAAUGCAAUGGUAAAUCAAAAUCAAAGCUAUGAAUUUGUGAAUAUUAAUGCUUAAGAAUGAUUGGCAUUAUUGUCUUCACCAUUAGUGCUUAUUCAAGUUAUUCAAGAAACCUAAAAGUACAGUACCUGAUGGCGCAGCUUGUAGCCAAUUGUUUUUAUUUGUCUACCUCGAGGUGUGUGUUAACUUCCACCUUAAACUAAAAAAAAUAGUCAUGGCUGUGUCUUUAUUCCAAUUUCCACAGUACAGUCCUCAAAUUAAAGCAACUAAAACAUGAAAAAGGGACCAUGCAGUGAUGUUUUCUGUGCAUUUCCCCCAUUGAUUUCCUUCUUAAUGCUAAAUUUGUGUAUUUGUGAUUUAGCUUAUUGCUCAUACCGUAAAUGUGAGAAGCCCACAAUAUUAGGACAAGAUCAUUUACAUGCCAAUUAAAAUGAAUAACUAAAGGUGAUAAAGGGAUUGUUUACAUUUUUUAUUAGUGCUGUUGCCCACUUCUUGUAUAUUCCUAAAAAGCAUAUCUCCAGACUUUGCAAAUGCAUCAAUAAACAUUUCCAUUGUGUGGCA